GGGGAGAAGAGGGAACAGGUGGAGAAGGAACAGGCGGAGAAAUGGGAACAGGCAGAGAAGGAACAGGCGGAGAAAUGGGAACAGGUGGAGGAGGAACAGGCAGAGAAGGAACAGGCGUUGAAAUGGGAACAGGCAGAGAAGGAACAGGCGGACGAGGAACAGGCGGCGAAGGAAUGGGUGGAGAAAUGGGAACAGGUGGAGAAGGGGGAACAGGCGGAGGAGGAACAGGCGGAGAAAUGGGAACAGGCGGAGGAGGAACAGGCAGAGAAAUGGGAACAGGCGGAGAAGGAACAGACGUUGAAAUGGGAACAGGCGGAGAAAUGGGAACAGGCGGAGAAGGAACAGGUGGAGGAAGAGGAACAGGUGGAGAAAUGGGAACAGGCAGAGAAGGAACAGGUGGAGGAAGAGGAACAGGCAGAGAAGAGGGAACAGGCAGAGAAGGAACAGGCGGAGAAAUGGGAACAGGCGGAGAAGGAACAGGCGGAGAAGGAACAGGCGGAGAAAUGGGAACAGGCGGAGAAAUGGGAACAGGCAGAGAAAUGGGAACAGGCAGAGAAGGAACAGGUGGAGAAAUGGGAACAGGCGGAGAAGGAACAGGCAUUGAAAUGGGAACAGGCGGUGAAGGGGGAACAGGCGGAGAAGGAACGGCUGGAGGAAGAGGAACAGGCGGAGAAAUGGGAACGGGCGGAGGAGGAACAGGCGGUGAAGGGGGAAGAGGCGGAGAAGGAACGGGUGGAGGAAGAGGAACAGGCAGAGGAGAGGGAACAGGUGGAGAAAUGGGAACAGGCGGAGAAGGAACGGGUGGAGGAGGAACAGGCGGAGAAGGGAGAACAGGCGGAGAAAUGGGAACAGGCGGAGAAAUGGGAACAGGUGGAGAAAUGGGAACGGGCGCAGAAGGAACAGGCAUUGAAAUGGGAACAGGCAGAGAAGGAACAGGCGGUGAAGGGGGAACAGGCGGAGAAGGAACGGGUGGAGGAAGAGGAACAGGCGGAGAAGGAACAGGCGUUGAAAUGGGAACAGGCAGAGAAGGAACAGGCGGAGAAAUGGGAACAGGCGGUGAAGGGGGAACAGGUGGAGAAGGAACGGGUGGAGGAAGAGGAACAGGCGGAGAAAUGGGAACAGGCGGAGAAGGGAGAACAGGCAGAGAAGGAACGGGCGGAGAAAUGGGAACAGGCGGAGAAGGGGGAACAGGCGGAGAAGGAACAGGCGGAGAAAUGGGAACAGGCGGAGAAAUGGGAACAGGCGGAGAAAUGCAAACAGGCGGAGAAGGAACAGGCGGAGAAAUGGGAAGAGGCGAAGAGGGACCAGGCGGACGAGGAACAGGCGGCCAAGGAACGGGCGGAGGAACAGGAACAGGCGGAGAAGAGGGAACAAGCGGACGAGGAACAGGCGGACAAGGAACAGGCGGAGGGUGAGAGCGGGCUGGGCUGACGGGAUGGGAUUUGGGGCCAGUUUGGGGUUUUUUUGGGGGGUCGUUUUGGGGUCAUUUUGGGGUUUUCUGGGGUGU